UGCGCGCGAUGGAUCCGUGCCUAGAAAACAGAAAACACACAACCGAAAAAAAGUGAGGAAGUGAGUUAUCGGGCAGACGGCAAGAUGUCGGCUGCACCGACCCAGCAACAAAGAGCUUUUGCCCAGAAGCUAAAUAAACAAGGAGCAGCCGAAGUUAGAAAGGCUGUCUCCUCAACCAUCUACUCGACCUCUGACCUCACUCGAUGUGCCAGCGGACUCAAUCUCACGGUGCCCCUAACUGAUGUUGUUGAUCCGCCAGAUUAUGAGGAGUUUGUGCUCCAGAACUCAUGCACUGUGGAGAGGGACCCAUUCCGAGACCUCAUCCUGUACCCCGAGGAUGAUGUGGACGUACACAGCAUGCCCAGGAAAUGUCGCACUGUCAAACCCAUAGUGCCAGAACUCGGACCUGAGGCGGAUGAGUUUGUGUUUGACUUGGCACGGCGAUACACCGCUGACUACACAGUCAUCACCCGCCGCUACCACCGCUACAGCUCCAGUGUCUGCAGCAAGGAAAAGCUGAGCGGACAGGAUGCCACCAUCCCCCAGGAGUACGAGGUGGACAUAGAGGACGCUCAGGACGACGAGGAUGACAUCAACAAGCGGCAGUCGAUCCACAUGAACUCUGUCCCCCGGGGGAGUUGGGCCAGCAGUAUAUUUGACCUGAAGUCGUCCCAGGGUGACCAGCUGCUGCCUCACCUGUUUGACCAGGUGUCGUAUGAACAGAUCGACGAAGACAACAGGAAGUGUCGGCAGGAGAACCGAGAGGACACACUGUUCAGUCUGUUUCCUGGAGAGGAAGAGGAGGAUCUCAUAGAAAGACGGCCUUCUGCUCCGUUUCCACAGGAACACUUUGGUCAUCGAAUUGUUGUUAAAUGUAUUCAACUCAAAUUAGAACUGGACUUUGAACCAUUGUUUGCCACUGUGGCCCUGUAUGAUGCCAAGGAAAAGAAAAAGAUAUCAGAGAAUUUCUACUUUGACGUGAACCAGGAUGAACAGAAGAAGAUGAUAAGUAUGCACAUCCAGCAGUCGGACGUGUCCACCAUGAGUCGGGCCGCCUGCUUCAGCAUCACCUACCCCUCCCCAGAUGUCUUCCUCGUCAUCAGGCUGGAAAAAGUUUUACAGCAGGGAGACAUAGGGGACUGUGCAGAGCCAUACAUGAGAGAAGAUAAGGCCAAAGAAGAUCGCUUGAAAUCCAAUGCUGUACAGUUCUGUGAGCGCCUUGGGAAGUACAGAAUGCCAUUUGCCUGGACAGCUAUCUACCUGAUGAAUAUUGUCACUGGGGCAACAGGUGGUCAGGAUGCAGUAAAAACCUGUGAGCCGGAGCCGUCCCGAUCCUCCAGCCUUGACAGGAGAUCUAUGUCUGGUAUUCCCGGUCAGUUUGACAGCUUCCGUAGAAGGAACAAGGAAGAGUUCUCCUCUACCCGCCGGGGAUCGAUGGAGCGUGGUCGCAGUGAGAGGAGGGGGCUAUUCUCGGGGGAGGACUAUGGACCCAGUCUGGACAACUUCAGACCAGUCACCCUCACUGUUUCCAGUUUCUUCAAGCAGGAAGGAGACAGAUUAAGUGAUGAAGACUUGUAUAAGUUUUUGGCUGAUUUGAAACGACCAUCCAGUGUCCUGAAAAGAGUGAAGUGUAUUCCUGGAACCUUGAAGUUAGACAUUUCUCCUUGUCCCGAGGAGCCUCGCUACAUGUUAACCCCUGAACUCUACAAGGUGGAGCCUUACCCUGAUGAAAAGACCAGACCAACCCGUGAAAUCCUGGAAUUCCCCUCCAGAGAAAUAUACAACCCCCACACUGUGUAUAGGAACCUGUUGUAUGUGUACCCGCGUAGUCUGAACUUUAGCAAUAGACAGGGCUCUGCUAGGAAUCUGGCCGUCAAAGUCCAGUUCAUGUCAGGAGAGGAGGAGGGAUGUGCUCUCAAGGCGAUCUUCGGGAAGUCUAACUGUCCAGAGCUGUCCAGGGAGGCCUACACAGCGGUCACCUACCACAACAAGUCCCCCGACUUCUACGAGGAGAUCAAGGUCAAACUCCCCGCCAAGCUGACCGACGCCCACCAUCUCCUUUUCACCUUCUACCACAUCAGCUGUCAAUCAAAGAAGAAUGAAUCCGGCCCAGUCGAGGUUCCUGUGGGAUACACAUGGCUGCCGCUCUGCCGUGAAGGGAAGCUGAUGAUCGACGACUUCUCCAUCCCUGUGUCUGUGGACAAACUCCCGCCCAGCUACUCAAUUCUCUUCCCUGAUGAGUAUCUGUAUGAUCGUCCUACCAACCUGCCCAACAUGAAGUGGGUGGAUCACAAGGGACUGUUCAAUGUCAGCCUCAGAUCAAUGUCCUCGGUUCACACUCAGGAUGACAAGCUGGAAAAGUUCCUAUACAACUGUAGGAUGACCCUGGAACAGAAGCUCCCACCCCGGAGGACCGAGUCCCAGUUUGAGAAUGACCUUAGACUCAGUAUACAAGACAUCCCCAAAUCCAAGGGAGAGAACCUGGUGCAGUUCCUGCCACUGGUCCUGGACAGACUGUUGUAUCUGAUGGUGAGGCCCCCAAUACUUGGAGGACAGCAAGUAAACAUUGGCCAGCCAGCCUUUGAAGGAAUAAUUCUGGUGGUUAAGAGGGUCCAUGAACUGUUGUGUGAUAAAAAUGACCGUAACGGACGGAACCUAACACUGGCCUCUUACAUACAAUACUGUUGUACCCUACCCCACCCCGGACCAUUACAACACUGUGCUACAGAUCCCAUGCUUGGGUCUGGAUACAACACACUCGGACGACCGUCAUCUCUUCCUGUCUCCAACAAAAACUUCCCGCGGAGUUCCAGCAAUCCAGACCUAAAUGCGCUAACACCCACCUCCCCAGACAACGAAAUAUCUGCCAUCUUAGGAGGUACAAAGUACUUGGACAGGACAGGGAGCAUGAGGGCUGAUGAUUUCAAUCAGCCACAAAUGGUCAGGAACAGAGCCAAAAAGCUGGUUCAUGAGGAGCUGGUUCUACAGUGGCUGGUUCUGAGUGGACAGAACAGGGACCAUGCCUUCGCCUACUCCUGGUUCCUGUUUGAACUGAUCAUCAAGAGCAUGGCAGAACACCUGAACAAGACUCAGAAGCUGGACACGCCCCGCCAGAUGAGGUUCAAUGACAAACCGUUUGUUGAGGACAUUGAGGCCUUGAUGAACUUGGUCAACAAAGAGGUCACAGACAAGUACAUCAAGGAGCCUCAGAUAAUCCGAAGUUUAAACAUCAGCCUGGGCUUCUUCCUGCACGAUCUCCUCAGUUUCAUGGAUCGAGGAUUUGUCUUCAACCUCAUUGCAAACUACUGCGGGGCUAUUGCGGAGAAGAUCCAGACUCUGUCUGACUCGACCACUCUGAUGCUAUUACGGCUGGACUUUCUGCGAAUCGUCUGUAGCCACGAGCAUUACUUCCCCCUCAAUCUGCCAUUCGGAACUCCUCUGACCCCUACAUCAGGGAGAGCUGCCAGCCCCACCCCCAGCAUCCAGAGCACCAACUCCAUGUCCUCCUACACCUCCACCUCCACCCUGACUGACCGGGGACAGUUCUAUGAGCUGACCCUACAGUACAGACAGCAGCACUUCCUGGUGGGCCUAGUUCUGUCUGACCUGAAAGUAGCCCUGGAUACUCACAAUCCCAUCAUUCAUCAUAAGGCCAUCAAUGUUGUACGGAACCUGUUGUACAACCACGACCUUGACCUUCGAUACAUGGACACUGCAAUGAAGUCACGGCUGGCCGCUCUGUACAUGCCCAUCAUUGGGAUCGUGAUCGAGGCACUGCCACAGCUCAGUGACCCCGGCCUUGACCUGAGGCGACAUACAAGCUGCCCUGAAGAGGAGGAGGCAGACAAAAUCAGCCACAGUGUUGCCCUGGAGAUAGCAGGGGCCACCGUUUUUGCUGGGAGAGUUCAGGAAUACCCAGGAGGGAUGGAUGAACCCAAGAGCAAGAAGAGUCCACUGACCACCGAGUGCACUCGUAACCUGUUAAUCUGUUUCCUGUGGGUCAUCAAGAAUGCGGACGAGUCCGUGGUUCGUCAGUGGUGGAGUGAACUCAAUGUGAAUGUGCUCGCUCAGAUCCUAGAUGUCCUCUACUUCUGUAUCUCAAACUUUGAGUACAAGCCAAAAUGGUUAAAGCCUUUCCGAUUAUCGGCUCAUCUGGCUGAAACUUUGUUCGAUGCUCCCCGCCCUAAGAGCGCUAGCCUGCCUAGAUCUUACGAAUUAUUAUGGGAAGGCCUUCAGAGAAAAUCCCAGGAUUUGCUUCAGCGCCAAAGAAGCAAAGAGGACACCUCACAGGGAAAGAAGAGCAUCGCUCAGUGCUCCAAGCAAACCAUUCAGAAAAGUGUGGACAUGAAGUCUCGCCUGGAGGAGGCAAUCCUCGGAAAUUUGAACGCCAGGACAGAGAUGAUGUUGAGGAGACGGCAGACAUCUUACAGUCAAAUGGCAGGUGAUAAUGGCCAGAUGAGUUCCCAAGGAGACAGUAGACUCAGAUGGAGGAAGGAUCAGAUAAACUACAAACCUUCUCUUGAUCAGACAGAAAGUGUAAAGCCUCGCAAUGUGGAGGCUGACGCUCACACUGAGGGAAGUCUGGCCGCAGAAAUCAGCAUGGUGGCCCUGGACACACUGGAACUCAUCAUACAGAUUGCUAGAAGUAUGGAGUACACGCCCUUACAGAGUAAUGCUUUACGUAUCCUGCUCCACAGUCUCAGCCUUAAUCAGUCAACAUCUGUCCUGAAAAACAUGUUUGCCACUCAGCGGGCUCUAGUCACAAGGUUUCUGGACAUGCUGUUUGUGGAGGAGACAGAGCAGUGUGCGGAUCUGUGCCUGAGACUGCUGAGACACUGCAGCUCUCUGAUCUCACAGACGCGGUCCCAGGCCAGCGCCUCCCUCUACAUGCUGAUGAGGCAGAACUACGACCUCGACAAUAACUUUGCGAGGGUGAAGAUGCAGGUGACCAUGUCUCUCAGUAAGCUUGUGGGACAGAACCAGAACUUUAGUGAGGAGUCGCUGCGUCGAUCUCUGAAGACGAUUCUUACAUAUGCAGAGGAGGAUGCGGACCUAGCAGAGACACCAUUCACAGAACAGGUUAAGGACCUGGUGUUCAACCUCCACAUGAUCCUGUCGGACACAGUGAAGAUGAAGGAGUUCCAGGAAGACCCCGAGAUGUUGCUGGAUCUGAUGUACCGCAUCGCCAAGGGUUACCAGAACUCCCCCGAUCUACGCCUCACGUGGCUCCAUACCAUGGCCACCAAACACAGUGAGAGAAAUAACCAUGCAGAAGCUGCCCAUUGUCUUGUUCAUGCUGCUGGUCUGAUAGCAGAGUACCUGUAUAUGAUAGAAGACAAGCCAUACCUACCUGUAGGGGCUGUAGACUUUCAGAAAAUCUCUGUCAAUGUGUUGGAGGAGAGUGCUGUAUCAGAUGAUGUGGUGUCCCCUGAGGAAGGAGUGUGUACUGGGAAAUACUUCACAGAGAACGGACUAGUGGGGGUACUGGAGGCCGCAGCCAUGGAGUUCAACAUGGCUGGAAUGUAUGAACAUGUAAAUGAAGUGUACAAGAUCCUGAUACCAAUCCAUGAGUCGGGCAGAGACUACAAGAAACUAGGUGCCAUUCACAACAAACUUCAUGAAGCAUUCAGCAACAUCACACGCCAGGCAAGUAAACGGAUGUUUGGGACAUACUUCAGGGUGGGGUUCUAUGGACACAAGUUUGGGGAUCUGGACGGUGAGGAGUUUGUUUACAAGGAGCCACCCAUCACCAAGCUACCAGAGGUCGCUCACAGACUAGAGGGUUUCUACAGUGACAGAUUUGGAGAAGGCGUGGUCCACAUUGUAAAGGACUCUAACCCUGUGGACCGGGAAAGUCUGGACUCUGCUAAGGCCUACAUCCAGAUCACUUACGUGGAGCCGUACUUUGACCUGUAUGAGUAUAGAACCAAAGUGACAUACUUUGAAAGGAAUAACAACAUCAAGAGGUUUGUAUUUGCCACACCAUUCACACAAGAUGGGCGGGCACAUGGUGAGAUACAUGAACAACACAAGAGGAAGACCAUUCUUACAACCAGCCACAUGUUUCCCUACAUAAAGACUCGGCUACAGGUCAUCAGUCAUGAUCAGGUACUGUUGACCCCCAUCGAGGUUGCUAUAGAGGACAUUCAGAAGAAGACAAAAGAACUGGCUGUGGCCCUCUACCAGGAACCACCCGACACCAAAAUUCUCCAGAUGGUGCUACAAGGCUGUAUAGGGACCACCGUAAACCAGGGUCCAGUGGAGGUGGCUGUGGUGUUUCUAAAAGACAGCCCAGAAAACAAGUCCCAAGAUGUCCGCCACCGAAAUAAACUCCGUCUCAGCUUCAAGGACUUCCUCAAAAAAUGUAGUGAUGCCCUCCACAAGAACAAAUUUUUGAUCUCCAGUGAUCAGAAGGAGUACCAGCGUGAACUGGAGCGGAACUACCACAGUGUCCGGGACAAACUACUCCCCUACAUCUCCUCCAACCUUGCCACACUCAAAACAAAGCACCACAGGCGUGGAAACAAAGAGUCACCCAGUAAACACAAGUCAUCAGGAUCUUCCAAAACUUAGUGACCAGAAUAGAGCAGCAGAAAGUUGUUAAAAGGAUGGACUCUCCAAAUGCUGUGUUAAUUAUUAGAUCUAUAGCUGUCAAAGCUUUCUAUAUUGUUUGUUUUUAAAAGAUCCUGUGUAAAAAUGAUCUGAUGUUAUAGUUGAAUUUGACAUUUUAUAUCUUUUUUAAGUAAACAAAUCAAUUGUCAUUUUAUUUGACAUUCAAUUUGAAGAAUAUUAAUUUUCUAAAAAAAAACUUUAUAUAAUAGUAAUCAAGAUUCACAAAGACUGAUGCAUUUAAUAACAUUUUGUCAGGAGAUUGUUAUGGAGUUUAUCAGAUAUAUUUAUUUGGAGAUGCUUUGGCUGCUAACUUGAUAAGACUAGUAUCAUAAUUACUAUCUGGAUGUUUAUAAAGCACCAGAUGAACUUACUUUUAGUGCAAUAUGUUUGUUUUUAUUUGUGCAUUUUGAUUAAUAUGCUUUUGUACUACAUGUAAGAUGCCAAUAAACCUUUUCCAGUGGAA